GCGCAGCGGAGCGCGCGGCAGAGGGCCAGGCGCGUGGGGACGCGGGAGUGCGGGUUCCCUGCCAGCUGCGGGCACCCGAAGCACGCUGGCCGCCUGAGCUCGGCGCGGAGCCCGGAGCCCGGAGCCCGGAGCCCGGCGCCGGCCGUCCCCCGCCCCCUGUGCGCUGGGCAGCAGCCCCGGCUGCGGCAGCCCGGCUCCCGGGGAGCGCGCCCCGCCAUGGAGUCUUCGCACAAAGACGCCGAGACGGCGGCGGCGGCGGCGGCGGCGGCGGACCCCCGGGGGGCGUCCUCGUCCAGCGGGGUGGUGGUGCAGGUCCGCGAGAAGAAGGGCCCCCUGCGCGCCGCCAUCCCCUAUAUGCCCUUCCCGGUGGCCGUCAUCUGCCUCUUCCUCAACACUUUCGUGCCGGGACUGGGGACGUUCGUCUCGGCCUUUACCGUGCUGUGCGGAGCCCGCACCGACCUCCCGGACAGGCACGUGUGCUGCGUCUUCUGGCUGAACAUCGCGGCGGCCCUCAUCCAGAUCCUCACGGCCAUCGUCAUGGUGGGCUGGAUCAUGAGCAUCUUCUGGGGCAUGGACAUGGUCAUCCUUGCCAUUUCCCAAGGCUACAAGGAGCAGGGCAUCCCACAGCAGCUGUGAGCCCGGCCAGCCGCCAGGAGACCAGGCCGCCCCGCGAGGGCCCCGUCCGGCAGCGGCGGGCACAAGGACCUUGCGUGUUGUCUUCUGCUGUUCCCUGGGCUUGGAGUGGACAGGGAGGGAUUUGAAGAUACACUUUACUCUGGAAAUGCACCUGCUUUUCUCAGCAGGCUCUGAGGGCUGCCAGCCCCUCCCUGCUGCAUCCGGAAAGCCCCGUGCGCUCGGGCCCCCUGAGCCUCUCCAGGGGAGUGGGGAGCGGCAAUAGAGUGGCUGGAACGUCCCUGUUCCCUCCCACCCCACCCCCUGCUUUGCAUCCUCCACUGCAAGGGCACACCUGAGCGGUGGGGCCAGGUAGCAGUGGCCCCGUCUGGGUGAGCAGGGGCUCACCAAGGAGCAGGACUGCGGUGGACACUUCCUCUGGGUCCCCAGCCCCUGCCAGAGUGGGUCCCUGGAGGCAGCUCUAGGGGGGCAGUGAGAAUGGAUGGAGUCCAGUCUGGAGGGGCAAGGCCUGCUGUGCCCUCAGCUUUGGUGGCGGGGGACACAGAUCCCCAGAGAUGUGACCCAGCCCUGCCCUCCCUUAUCGAAUCCCCCACUUCCUUGUCACUGAAACUCCCAGGCCUGGGGGUGUUGGACCUUUGUUUCCCCGAGUCUAUGGGUGUCCCUGGGGCUACCUCCUGGAAUCCCGGUCUUACCUAGAAAGGCCAAGCCGUCUCUGCGUGGGCCCUGCCUGGCCGCCCUCCACAGCUCCCUGAACACCGUUUCUGGCCCACAAUCUGUUUUCUGGAGUCCCUGGGAUGGGUGGGUCUCUGAGGUCAGAGAUGCUGGGUCUGAGAAAGAGAACAGCAGGCGUGCGCCCCACAUUUCCCAACACCCCACCAUCUGGAACAGCGCUCCACCGUCCAGCACGUGACCCAGGGGUGCCUCCAGUUGCAAAGGGGCCCCGGGUCCCUUUGGGACACCUCGGCGAUUGUUACAGGCAGACCCCACGGGGGGCAGGAACCAGCCGGAGUCCUCCGGGGGACUGCAGGUCACGUGUCGAUCUGAAAUGUGGAGGGGGAGCUCCAAAAUGACAGCGACAAGGCGGACAUCUCCACGUCUGGUUUCGUUUUCUGUCUCACGCAGGAAUCGCUAAGAUGCGAAGCAGGCUCCAGGCCAAGUGCCCCACCCACUGGGCUUCGUGCCCCUCUCUGAGGGGCUGCUCCUGGGGGCCAGGGCUGGAGAAGGGACCUGUCUGCCCAUUUUCUUCCCAUGCUGGACAGGGCCCCUGGCUCCAUCGGGGGCCCCGUUGGGGGCCGGUGUUUGCAUAGUCUCUGUUCUUAGGCCCCCAGCUGGGGACCCGUGCACUGGGCUUUCUAAUUACAGUCCUGCCGGGGAAGCAGGCCUGGGGGGCCCUGGGACCUGGACAGCUUUCUGGCAUCCCCCCGGCCGCUCGCCCAUCCCUGCGCCCUGGUUCGGGGCAGGGUCUCCACUCCUGGCCUGACCUUAGCUGCCCGUCACCCCUUAGCUUUGAUGAGCAUCUCCUGGAGGCUGCAGGGGGCUGGGUCGCCCUUUCGGAACACCUGGCACGUCUUUGUACCCUCCCCCCUCCUCCCUUCCUGACACCCGCCCAGCCUUUGCUGCUGCUUUCACGUUGGGGAGCCGCUGCAUUUUCAAGGCAAGGAACCAGGUUUGGUUUGAUCAGAAAGCCAGAGCCUUUCUCCAGGCCGAGAAGACAGCCGGCGCCUGAGCUCGGAGCCUCCCCUGGAAUCAGAUAGAACCCCCUCAGCUGAUGGAAUGACAGUGCAAGGGCCCAGCCACUCCUCCACAGCCGCCAGCCCACAGCCCUCCCCCCAGCAGCUCCCCGAGUUUGCGUGGCCCCCUGGAGCGAUGACAGGUCCCCGGGGAGGGAGGGCACCCCCACCGUGGGAGGAGAGGGUGCUGUUCUCCUGGCUGGGACUGGGGGUGGCUGCUGAGAGGGUAGAGAACAGAUAGUGACUUAUGUCGCAUGUUUAGUGACACAAGCCAGACAGAGGUGGGAAUUUUUUUUUUGAGUGACAGGUGUCACCAUGAGUCCCAGUGUGGAACGGCUUAAUGUGGGGGUCUGCGUACUUGGAAGGACGUCCCCAAACUUGGGAAGACAUGAGGCUCAGGAGGAAGCCCCUCUGCAGGCUGCUGCCGUGUGGAAGAGACCGAGACCAGGAGGACCCGCUGGUCUGGGACAGCGAGCCCAUGUGGACUGGCACGUGUGUGGAAUUGGCUCAAAUAGCGUCAACUCAUCAGCCCGCAGUCUCUCCAUUCGAUAAGGAGCCGUGGCUAGUGCGCUCCCAGCGGUCGGGGCGACCAGAAUUCGUUGAUUGAACCCCCGCCAGCUGAAAACGAGCGCUUGAUUGACACCUAACCCUCUGGGGACAGAGCUGGGCUUGACUCAAUGGCACAGCGAGAAGGGGAAGGUCCAGAAGUCAUGGGGCAUGUUUCAGCAUCGGCCUUCCGUCCAUCAGAAUCCCCCAGGACAUCCCCUGGCCAUGGGGGUUUGGGGGGCCCCAGGGGUGCAGAGAGCUUCACAGUAAAGGAGACGAUAAUCCCAGGAUUGGAGCGGCAGUUCCCUGCGGCCGGAGUGCAGCCCUGGAGUAAGAAAGAGCCGCCUGGGGGUUGGGGGAUGUCCUGUGGGCGUGGAGGCUGUGGGGCUGGAGCGUAAGCUCUAGGUCUGCUUCCGAGCCAGGACUCCCGGCUUGGACAGCAGGAGGCGGAUGGCUCCUUCCUGGUCCUGUCACCCCCAUCCCCCCCGCUGCCCUAACCCUGCCUGCCCUGCGCUGGGGGCUGCGGGUGGGGCCUCCGCUUGGAUGCCCUUGAGGGGAGGGAAGGAAGAGACACGGAGCAAGAAGCCCUCUUCUGUGGCCCAGACCACGUGUCAGCCUCAGUGCCAAGGGCAGUCUCCGAACGCUGGGGCCGCUGCAGCACAGCGUGGAGCAUUUGGUCUCCGGCGACUGCCCAGGCAGGGUGGGUUUGUGAGGGUCUCUCGGCUGUGCCUGGACCCAGCUCCCCCUGGGCCCCUGGGCCCCAGCUGGGGGUGGGGCGGGGCCGUCUGACCCUGGGCCCAGAGUCUGGGCCCCAGCAGCUCCCGGGCCACCGCAGGCUUUAGGGACACUGGUUGUUUCUAUCUGUUAGCGAUGAUGUUGGCAAGGGAAGCCUCCAGCACUGUGUAAACUGCUCGGGUGUUGCACUUAGAUGCAAAUGAACCAGUGGGUGGUUUCAGGCCCUGUUCACUGUUGUUACUAUUCCUCCCUGUCGUGGGUCUAUUCCGAGGGCUUUCCGCAGAGGGGCUGGGUGGGGAGGAGCCCUUUUACAGCGCCCACACUGCACUGACCCUCCCAGAGACCACGACCUCGUGUGGGGUGGGGGGCUCCAGGCUCGGGGAACAGUUCAAAGAGGACGCUGACCGUAUGCUGUGUGCCUCCCCCCGCCCUCCCGGAACCCGGGCCGAGGCUGAGCAGCAGCAGGCCUUCCCCUGCGGCCUCCCGGCCUGCGUUUUGGCCUUCAGCGAGCACUCAGUGUAAGCACUCAGUGUGGGCUCCCGUGUGGGCCAAGCAGGGCCUGGGCACGGCCCCGGCGCAGCCGAUCAAAGAUACCACUUUCCUGGAGAGCAUCCCGGUCCCCAGGUUUCCGGGUGAAACAGCAAGAUGCACAGAGGUAGACGAGGGGACAGCCUGUCCCCGAGGACUGGCUGGACCCUUCCCUGCAAAGAGGAGGGGCCAGGAUGUCAGGGAGGUGGGACCGAGGUGGCCUGAGCACCGGGCGGGCAUCCCUCGGGGUCCUGUGUGUCUGCCGGUUUUCUUCCUGUUGGGUUCUCAGAGCUUCAGAAGGUUCAUGGGGGUCCCAGAGGGGCGGACGCUCAUGCUCAGAAUCCACCUAAGUCCCAUGAGAUAGGCUGGGCCCCUCUGGUGACAGCUGGGGGGGCCCCAACCAGCGUGACCCCGGACGCUCCCCACGACCUGCACGGGAGUUCCAGACUCAGUGCUGUUCGUCCCUUCUGCUGCUUCCUGCCUCCGUUUUACCUUCUGUGGGUGGGGAACAAGGAGGGGCCUGGGCAGCCAUUGUUUUCCCCAGGUCUGUAGGAGCGAGGGGC